AUGAAAAGCAAUUUCAAGAAGAGUUCAAAAAAGUUCAAGGAUACAUUUUUUGCAGCUGCGAAUGCAUACACUGUGAAAAGGUUUGAGUACAAGAUGAGAGAACUUGAUAAGAUUGACAAAAGGUUGCGACCUUACCUACAACAAAUUGGGUAUCACAAAUGGGCAAGGAUUCACUCUCCAACCAAUAGAUACUCAAACAUGACAUCAAACACUGCAGAAUCUUUGAAUUCUGCAAUUGUAGCAGUAAGAGAGCUACCGAUUUGUACGAUGCUAGAGUGUUUACGAGCUUUGGUGCAACGAUGGAGUUGGACUAAUAGGAACAUAGCAAAUGCAACCUCCACAAAGUUGACAAACAAGCAUGAAGUGAUCCUGAAUGACAACUACAUUUACUCAUUGAAGUUAAUGUUGCUGAACAGGUUGCUUUACAAGUUGCUUGAAGGGUUUCAAAUGGAUCAACUUCCUUGUGCCCAUGCAAUUGCUGUUUUCAAAGAAAUGAAUCAAGAUCCUUAUCAAUAUUGUUCGCCAUAUUACACCAAGGAAGACAUGGUUGCAACUUACAAAGAAAGUGUAUACCCACUUGGCAAUGAAGACACUUGGCAAAUACCUGAACAUAUCAAAGCUGUGAAAAUACACCCUCCAGAAGGAAAAAUAAGAUCAUAUAGAAUUGCUCACAAGGAGGCAUUAUAUGUUAAUUUUGGAGAUUAUGAGUUUCUUUAG